AUGUCAAAGACACCAGUCACCUUAGCGCGACUUUGUGAACCUUCCAGAGUAGUAGUCAAACAGAUUUAUGGUCAUUACCUGGACAAUGGUGUAUCAGAUAUUCUCAUCAAGCUUGGUGUGCUCAUCAUGACCGAUUAUCCCUCUUUCAUUGGCAACCACCCAGCUGUCUUAGGAAGGUUUGUAUAUCCGCCAUCCGUCGAAGGUGUUUUGAAAGCAAUGGUGGUUUCCUCGACUAUGAUGACUAGCGGAAAACUGCCCGAAAUUGUACGUACAGUACUUUCCACCAGGGAAAAACAACUCCUGAGAUCAUUCUUGGUCGACAUCAAAGGCACGCAAGUGGGUCAAGCGGAGUAUGGUGUUCUGUGCUGUCUACCAGUUUUUGAGACUUUAGCGAAGAAAUUCGUGUCAGCAAAGGAUGGUCUGUGUGCUGCACCCCCUGAGCCCCUUCCAAUUACAAUUAGAAGAGACCUCGUCGAUGUUUCUCAACAAGAUUCAAUGGCGUUUGCACUUCUUCUAGGAGUUAAGAUUCUAACGCCCGUGGAACUGCUUUGUCAAGUUGUAUUUCCAGAUAUCAAGCGGGGAUGCUACUCGGAAGAACAAAUUGACAAGUUGAUGGAGCAUGUGUUGGAUCGUUAUGUAAGCGCUAUUCGCAAGAAUGCUUAUUUCAAGAGAAAUUUGCAGGACUUGGCUUUCGUUUCCAGGCAAAAAGGGCGAGCAAGGCCUUGUGAGCUCUUUGACCCUAGAAACGCCAUUGUUAAAACUCUGUUCGUCCAUGAGGAUGUUUUCCCUUCCCAUACAUACAGUAGCUCUUCAGUACUUGUGGUUCUUGAAGAACUGGGAAUGAAAGGAGGGGAUGAAAUCACCGCGAAUGACCUUUAUCACAGUGCUCAGAUGAUAAGCAAGUUUCCCAACAUUCCAUCAUUAAAGGAGAAAUCUAAAGGAAUUUUGCAGUUUCUCAACGAGGAUCCUCAAAAGAUGCUGGACCUAGUCAGCGGACAACCAUUGGGGAUGCUAUUGAUAACUAUUCCUUGGGUUUCAAGACAAGAACAGCGACCCUAUGAUUACCCUUCCAGCCUUCCAUAUUGGAAAACAGAAGAAGAAGAAAACAGAAGAUUUUUUAAACCCUUUGAAUUAAAAAGUCACCAAUUUGCAAACCUUAUUGGAACUGUAAUGCCUGUUGUUGACGUGGAUGAAUGCGAAACGAUCAGUCAGUUUUUCGGCUGGCAAGAUGAACCCCCUGUAAACCAAGUAGUCCAGCAUUUAGAAACUGCAGUGAGGUACUACUCAGAAGAGCAGAAACCGUACUAUAUUGUGAUGCUGACCGAAAUAUACAGGUAUCUCGGUGAGCACCACCAUGAUGUGCAUGAGGCAUUUGAUGCCACCAACGUCUUUCCUUGGGUAUGGAAUGGAGAUGGAUUCUCCUUACCAAGUCACUUACUUGCUACAAGGCCACCGAUUGAUCUCACACCUUACAUACGUUGUCUUCCUGUGGACUUGAGGCAGCACUGUCGUCUUUUUAAGUACUUUGGUAUGCAGAAGGAAUGCGAUCCAUCUAUUCUGACACAGGUCCUAAGGAUGAUCAAGGUAAAACACGACAGGAGAAGUGUCAUAAGCCCUUCUGAAGUGAAACACGAUCUUCAGCUAUCUGUCAACAUCCUGAACGAAUUGGCGAGUGGGGAGUUAUCUGAGGCGCUUCAUGGAGACAUCCUGAUACCAAUUUAUCAAGAAGAAAACUCCUAUGUCAGCCUUCAGCCCGUAGGCAAUUGCAUGUAUGGUGAGCAAAAUGACGACGAAGAAAUCGACUACUUUUACGUACACCCAAAUGUCCCAAAUGUAACUGCAGAGCGUCUUGGCGUGCCAAGUAUAACAAACCGACUGCUUGAUGCUGAUGAGCUGGCCAUUGGAGAAGAGUUUGGACAAGGAGAAAAACUUACCACCCGACUUAAUCGCCUUCUCGAAGAGUACACGGAUGGCUUUUCAGUUCUGAAAGAGCUAAUUCAAAACGCCGACGAUGCUGGCGCCACAGAGGUCAAAUUUCUGUAUGACCAGAGAACGAAUGAGGAAGCAAUGACUAGUCUCAUUGACGAGGGAAUGAAGGGUUGCCAAGGACCCGCGUUGUGGGUUUACAAUGAUGCAACAUUUAAGGAUGAAGACUUUGAGAACAUUACAAAAUUGAACGAAGCAACGAAACAGCACGACACCGAAAAGAUUGGCAGGUUUGGACUGGGCUUCAAUGCAGUAUACAAUUUAACAGAUGUUCCCAUGUUCAUAAGCAGAAAUAACUUUGUGAUUUUUGAUCCACAUACGUCGUAUCUCGGGAAAGCUUUAAAGAACAAAACGAAGCCUGGAAUGAAGAUCAAUGUCAACAAGGAAGUGACGAGGCUUCGUAAGUUUAAAAACCAGUUCAAACCAUUCAAUGGUAUAUUCGACUGUGAUUUAAAUCUUCAAAAAGAGGACAACUCGUUCAAUGGAACUCUGUUUCGAUUUCCGUUGAGAACAAGUGAGCAGGCUUUGAAAAGUGAGAUAAAGAAGCUGGCGUAUGACGACACACAAGUGCGAGAAUUACUACUUAUGCUAAUUAAAGGAGCCGAAACCUUACUUCUCUUCACACAGAACGUCUUCCGCGUGAGCAUUUUUUUGUUGAACACACCCGAAGUUCAAGACGAAACAGUCAAAUUGACGUUCAAGAUCACCAAAUCAUUGUCUCAGGAUGGAAUAGUAAGAGCCUUGUCCGUCCCUGUUUCCCUUCCUCCCACUGCAAACGUUUUGAGCUCCGAUGACCAGAAUCUUUUGAAGCAAUGCAGUUUCCUUCAAGCGUCAUCGCAUGUUGUUCGAGCAUUUAGGACGAGACAGGUAAUUGAACUGACAAAGUCCUCUUUGAAGGUUAACGUCAACUGCGUCUUCACGGAAUGCGGUCUACGUUUCUUUAAACCUGAUGCGGCAACCACUCAUCCGGAACGUACAACCUGGCUUAUAGUCUCCUCCAUGGGAGACGGACGUGCACUGAAGUUUGCUGAGAAUGAUUUUAGCCUUCUUCCAUCAGGAGGGGUGGCUGUUAAGCUGGCUGCGCGCGGCGCCGACAAAUUUGUGCCAGUGCCUGUUUUUAAGAAUGAUGAUGGAGUUGAUGUCAAUGGGACUCUUUUCUGCUACCUUCCUCUUCCUAUUCAUAGUGGCCUUCCAGUACAUGUAAACGGAGCCUUUGCAUUAGCUGCGAACAGACGCCAUUUACAAGAAAAACUCGAAGGCGACAAAGAUUGUUAUGGGGUUGACUGGAACAAAGCGCUGAUAGUAGAUUCCAUCUGCUCAGCCUAUGUGUGCCUCCUUGAAGAUCUAAGGUCAAUUGUUCCAACUGACGGAUCUUAUAGGUUCCAUUCUCUGUGGCCAAAAGCCGAUGAAGUAUUCCCAAACCUCCGACACCUCACGCAGUCAUUUUACACACAGAUAUCUACUGGAACUCACGCUUUGCUUUCAGAUGGAGAGAACUGGUUUACUAUCAAUGAGGUGAUAUUUCUUCAUCCAGUUCUUCGAAACGAUCCUUCGAUUGGCGAUACUUCAUUCAAAGUUUUCCAACUUUUAAUGAGUGAGCGCGCAGUGGUUAUUGAUGUCCCUUUGUCUGUCGUAGAUUCUUUCCAAAGCUGUGGAAGUGAGGAAGUGAUUAAUUCAAAAAUGUACGACAAAAAUAGAUUUUUUCGUCAGGUCUUUUUCCCAAAUAUCUCCGCAGUUCCUUCGGAGAUGAGAGAUGCACUUGUGUUGCAUGCAAUGGAUAACAAUUGUGAUGAUUUGGUCAAAGCUCAUUCUUGCAUUCCGGCUUCUCCACUUGGAAACUCUCUUCGACGUCCUUCUGAGCUCAUUCACCCAGGCAAAGAAGCUGCUCGCCUCUUUCUACCUGAAGAUGGCAGAUUUCCAUGGGGAAAUGCAGAAACCUUUCUCAAUCCUGGACGACUUGCAAAGCUUGAGCUUUUGGGAAUGGCAUCGGAAUAUCUUCCUUGGCAGGAAAUGGCAGAAAGAGCUGAAAGUAUCAAUAAACUAAAUGCUUUAAACAGUAAAGCAGCGGAGGAGAGAGCAAUUGAAUUUGUUAAUUCUCUAGAGAAGAAGAUUAAGUGCAAAGAUGAAACCUAUUCAGACCUCACAAGACAACGAAUACUGGAGGCUCAAUUUCUUCCGGCUCUUAACAAACCAGUCAACUUUCCUUUACCUUGGAAGGCCGAUGAAUAUGAUAAAAAUGUGCUGUUCGCCCCAAAAGAUGUGUUUCUAGAAAGUGAAAAGUAUCACUUGUGUAGCUUAAAGCCGCUUAUCGGGUUGUCUAUCUCUCGAGAUGUUAAAGAGUUUCUGAAGCUUAGAAAAAAAAAAGCAGAGCUAAACCAUGUUAUUUUGCAACUGAAAGUAGCGAUGUGUUCCGAAGUUGAGUCGUCAAAAGCCAAGGCAAUCGAAGAAAUUAACUCAGUAUGCAGAGCAGUCUACUCCUACCUAGAAAGGGCCAUCAUUAAGGGUGCAACCAUCAAGGAUAUUCUACUAAAUGAGAGAUAUAUUUUACAUGAAGGGGAAUUUCUUUACCCAAGUCAGGUGGCUUUUCAUCUCAACGAUGACUGUGCACCAUAUCUCUACCAGCUUCCAAAACGGUUGGCAGAAGAUUUUCCCAAUCUACUGAGAGUCUCCGGUGUCAAAGAACGUUUUGACGAGAAAGAUUUUAUCUUAGCCCUACGGAAGAUCAAGGAGUUAUUUCCUGAAAAUGACCUGGACGAGAAAAACCUUAAGGUAGCAGUACGUCUAGCAAAAACUUGGAGACAAACUGCAAGAUCAAUUAGGGUAACCCUCCUCAUUGCGAAAAAAAAAUGGGAACCAUCUACCUUCCUGACUCAAGGGCAGUGAUGAAAGCAGUAUCCGAGCUUUGUUUCAAGGACUGCCCCUGGAUGCCUGACGAAGAAGGAGUGCACUUUGUUCAUGCCAAAAUUCCCUGGUCAAGUUGUGACUUACUUGGUGUUAAAACUCGUCGAGAAGAAGCCCUGCAAAAACACAUGGUCAGAAUUUCCUUCGGACAGAAAGAGAAACUUACAACUCGCCUGAAACGCAUUCUUCAGUGUUACCCCUGCGAAAAGGAAAUUUUAAAAGAACUUCUUCAAAAUGCAGACGACGCACAAGCAACCGAGAUUUGUUUCAUAAAGGACCCAAGGCACCAUCCAGAUGUGAAAGUGUUCGAAGAUUGUUGGAAACCUCUGCAGGGGCCCGCCUUGUGUGUGUAUAACAACAAGCCUUUCACUAACGACGAUCUUGAAGGCAUUCAGACUCUCGGUGAAGGUAGUAAGGGUGAGGAUCCGAACAAAACUGGCCAGUAUGGAGUAGGCUUUAACGCCGUUUAUCAUUUGACUGACGUUCCGUCCUUUGUGUCUCACGGAGAAGAGAUUGGGGAUGUUCUGUGCGUAUUUGACCCACAUUGCAAGUAUCUUCCAGGUGCGACGCCUUUAGAACCAGGUGGAAGGUUCAACGACACAGCCACCCUCAGUAAGAAAUUCCCUGAUGUAUUUCCUUGCUACUUGUUAGAUCACUUCAAGAUUGACGACGCAACCAUGUUCAGAUUCCCGCUGAGGACCAAAGAUAUGGCUCGCGAAUCGGAAAUUACUUCAAAUUCUGUGUCCGUUGAAGAACUGGAUUUUAUGAUGGAGGGACUUAGAAAAGAAUUGUUUGAGGUUUUGCUCUUUGUGAAGAACGUCAGAAAGAUAACCCUUUGUGAAGUUGACAAAGCAGAUGGAAAAUUGGCGAAUUCCUAUACAGUUGAAGCAGCAUUGUCAAAAAAAGAUGAAGCCAAAAGAGAAGAAUUUACCGACUACAUCAAACAGAUUGGGAAAUCGGCAAAGAAGAGAGGGGUAAUCGAUCUAAGAAAGAUACCGGUAAAAAAAGUGUCCUACGUCUUAAACAUAACAGACACUCGUGGCAACGCAGAAAAGUGGCUUAUUGUACAACAAGUUGGUUUUGAGAAAGAUGUAGACGAAAAUAUCAUCAGGGCUUUUAGGAAGAAAGAGCUUGGAAUGCUUCCCCGUGGUGGCGUUGCAUGUCUUUUAGAGAAAAAUUCUAGGUAUACUUCCUCAAGGCAAAAGAAAGCAUAUUGUUUCCUUCCUCUUCCUCUUGAGACAAACCUCCCAGUUCACGUAAAUGGACACUUUGCCUUGGACCACGAGGCAAGAAGAAGUUUGUGGAGGGAUGAAGGGGACCAUGGUGGAUAUCGAAGUGAUUGGAACAAUGCGCUUUUAACAGAUGUUGUCACAUCAUGUUACAUCUCGAUGUUGGUUGAAAUACGGAAGUUCCUUAAACUACCCACCACCCAAGACGGAAGCCCUCAAACAGAAUGCGAGAUCAUCAGGAAGAUAAACGUUUACGAAUCAUAUUUUCCCACUAAAAUUCCCACCGACCAAUACUGGAAGACACUGGUUCGUUCUGUGUAUCAGGAAAUGAACGAGAUGGAAGCAAAGGUUCUACCAGUGGUUAGGAAGAGAUCUAUUGAUGCUGCAUCGAAAAUAACUGAAGAAAGCGCAACUGCUGAGAUAACCUUGGCUUCCACCGACUGGAAUUGAGAAGCAUCAAGCAUUUUUUGACGAUCUUAAUGUAGAAGGACCCUUUGCAGCAUCACACAGAAGGAGUAAAGAAGCGUUCGAGAAUCUUGCAAGACUUCGAAAGCUGUUCAAGGACAUACUACUUGAAAGUGGCUUUAACCUGGUAGUUUCAACGUUAGCGUUGCAUAACUCGUUUCAGCGAGCUGGAGUUACGACAUGCUGUGUUUCGCCCCGUAAGGUCAUUGAUUUCUACAAAACGCUCAGCUCUGGCGACCGUUUGUGCUCGAUUGGACCAGUUCCUUGCGACGUCCAUAAAACAUCAUUAAAAAGUGUUCUUGGAGUAACUACUGUGUUGCUGUAUUGCAGAAAUGACGAGAACUUUCUGGAAGCGUUACCUGGUCUUCCUCUCCUUCUUACACAAGACCAACAUCUUAAGUUGUUUUCAAAUGAAGAUCCCAAGUUUCUCUCACAAUACAAAGAUCUUCUACCCGGGUCUCCGCACAUAUUCCUCCAUGAUGAAGUUUACAAAAGAGUUUUUAAAGGGUUUGAUGACAAUCGUUUGUCUUGUCUAAGGCCUCUUGAUGCCACCUCAUUCGCUACCUACCUCCCUCACACGUUAUCACUGGAAACCUAUGGAAGUGGAAGGUUUAUUGAGUGGUCUCCCAAUCAGAGGGAAAUACCCAACCAGGGAUGGAUGUUCAAGGCCUGGAUGUUCCUUUCUGAGCUUGUAAAAAGUGUCAUAAAUGAUGUUGAAAAAGAUGAAGAACUCAAGAUUCACCAGGUCCAAACAACACUUAAGCCUUUAAUGGACUGGAGCAUUCUUCCAGUAACCGAGACAAAGAAAGCAAAAAGAAAGUCACCAUUGGCUAUUUUCUUUCCUUUGAGCACAACUCCAACUAUUAAAACUAUCUGCUCCCUCUAA